UCUACAUACAUAUGAACAACUAGUGCUCACUUUCAUUCGCUUUUAUAUAACUCGCAGUCAAACUCUGCGAAGAAGCUUUGUCGGACAUCAAUCGCAAUGCCAGCGGAUCCUUCGAACGACCUCCUCCUACUAACAUGCGCCUCCGGCAAGCAGGCCACAGCCCUUCUCCCUCUCCUUUCGCAAUGGAAGCGUCUCCGCCUCGCUGUCAAAUCCUCAUCCUCCAAGGAGCGCCUCCAACAGCAGUACCCGCAUGCCGAAGUCAUCCAAACGGACCUGUACUCGCCCACCAACACCGCGGCCCUCAUGGGAGGCGUCAACGUCGUCAUCCACAUCGGGCCCAGCUACCAUCCGCACGAAACCGAAAUCGGCUACAUGAUGAUCGAUGCCGCUGUGCAAGAGUAUGGCAGCGGAAAAGGAGGAUUGAAUCAUUUCAUACUCAGUAGCGUGCUCAACACGCAGUUCCGCAAGAUGAUGAACCACGACUGCAAGAGGUAUAUCGAGGAGUAUAUAAUGGAGUCCGGACUCCCGUACACCAUUCUCCAGCCGUCGACUUUCAUGGAUAAUACUCCGCUGCCGAUGCUCAUGAGCCAAGAGCAACCCGUCUUCCGCUCGGCUUGGAGCACAGACGUCAAAUUCUCCUGGGUCGCGCUGCGCGACCUCGCCGCUGUCAUGCAUACCAUGCUCAUUGAGCGCGAGAAGCACUUCUACGCCCAGUACCCGCUCGUGUCCACACACAGCACGCUGUCCUUCGGCGAAGCGAUGGGCAUCAUCUCGAAGAAGAUUGGAAAGGAGAUCAAAGUCGAGGUUGCGGAGUUUAGAGAGGGCGUGGAUAACACGCUGGUAAGGGUGUACGGGACGAGUGAGGGGAUCGACCAGCGGAGUAGGGAUGCAGCGCAGAGGAUGAUUCUGUUUUAUGAUAACCGGGGGUUAAUUGGGAAUUCGAAUGUUCUGGAGUGGGUGAUUGGGAGGAAGGCGACGCAGUUUGAUGAGUGGGUGGACGGGAAGGUUGGAGAGGCUGGAGGGAGAAAGUAGCUGGAGGGAGAAAGCAGCAGGAGGGAAGUUUAAGCUACAGAUGGAUUGGGACUAGCGUGCUAUUGACGACUUGGCA